UUCUUCUCAUUUAAAGCUGUAACUACACCCAAGAAAAAAAAAAAAAAAAAAAAAGAAGAAGAGAAACACUCCGGCAGUCUGGGCUGGGUCUGCUUGCUGCUUACAAGGAGAGGCUCGUUGCUAUUCAUGCAGUGAUAACCUGAACUUUUUCUCCCCUCUUCUUUUUCUUUCCAUCCCUUUUCCCCCCUUCUCGUUCCCAAGGCAGUCUCAUGUCUUUCUUGUAGACAUGAUGGACUUUGCGCAUUUAAGGACUUUCCUUUUUUUGGUGGUCUCCAUCGCUCAGGUUUUGGUUGUUACAAGCCAGGAUGAUGGAGGCGAUGGCAGCUGCAAGGCAGACGGCCAAGUGUACCCUAACAGGGACAUCUGGAAGCCGUCGCCGUGCCGACUCUGCGUGUGCGACAACGGCCAGGUCCUCUGCGACAACAUCCAGUGCGAAGAGCUGACCAACUGUGAGAAGGUGGUCGUCCCCGAAGGAGAGUGCUGCCCCAUUUGUCAGACCGAAACCUCAACCGGCGGCGGUGGGGGCGGCGGCGGCGGCGGCGGUGGGGGCGGCGGCUCUUAUGGUGGGGCCAGAAUUUACAAGGGCCCGAAGGGAGAGCCUGGCGAAGUCCCGAUUGUGACUGGCAUCCGAGGCCGUCCCGGACCGACGGGGCCUCCUGGUUCCCCGGGAGGAAGAGGACCCAGAGGAAACAAAGGAAGGCCCGGACAGCGAGGCUCUCCGGGUUAUGACGGAGAGCCGGGAGUUCCGGGUCAACCCGGUGAACCCGGACCCCCGGGACACCCAACCCAUCCCGGAGGUCUUGGGGCGCAGAUGGCCGGAGUGUUGGAAGGAAAAAAUGCACCUCAAAGCAUGUUAAGCGGCACCAGGGGUGAAUCUGGAGCAAGAGGACCUCCUGGGCCGACCGGUUCCCCUGGUCAGUCUGGAGCACAAGGACCUCCCGGAGACGUGGGCGAUCCAGGGCAUAUGGGGCCGGCUGGGCAAAGAGGACCCGAGGGUCCCCCGGGGAAACCAGGAGAAGACGGUGAAGCGGGCAAGGCAGGAAAUGCUGGAGAAGUUGGAUUCCCAGGUUCCCAAGGAGGAAGAGGGUUUCCGGGUACGCCGGGGCCUCCUGGGCUAAAAGGUCACAGGGGACACGGAGGACCUCUGGGACAAAAAGGAGAACAUGGAGCCGUUGGGUCUAAGGGCGCCACAGGCCCACCAGGUCAAAUGGGAGGACCUGGACCAAUGGGCCCUGCUGGGAUGCCCGGGGAGAGGGGCCGCUCUGGGCCUGGUGGUACAGCGGGUAAACGUGGUGUACCUGGUAACAUUGGAAAAACAGGUCCAAUUGGUCCCUUGGGUCUCAGUGGCCCUCCUGGAUAUCCGGGAACGCCAGGCAUGAAGGGACAACAAGGCCCCACAGGUGUUCGGGGUCCGGAGGGGCCUCAGGGGCAAAGAGGCGAGACCGGUCAUCUCGGAAGACCUGGACCAGUUGGCCUGAGGGGACCCACGGGUACAGAUGGUGGCGUAGGAGCCAAAGGACCAGUGGGAAACCUUGGCCCACAAGGCCCGGGUGGGCAUCUUGGACCCGCCGGUCCUCCAGGCCCUCAGGGAAGCACCGGCCAGCCUGGCAUCAAAGGACAAUUGGGAGAUGUUGGCGUACCAGGAUUUAAGGGUGAAGCUGGACCCAAAGGAGAAGUUGGUCCCCCAGGAUCCCAGGGAGUGAUUGGACCUCAGGGUGAGGAAGGAAAGCGGGGACCACGAGGAGACCCCGGAACCGUUGGCCCCCCUGGUGCCGUUGGUGAGAGAGGAGCCCCAGGAAAUCGAGGAUUCCCCGGUGCUGAUGGUCUGCCCGGACCAAAGGGUUCUCAAGGAGACCGUGGAAUAUCAGGGCCAUCAGGACCAAAAGGUUCACUGGGUGACCCUGGACGUACAGGAGAACCUGGUCUACCAGGUGCAAGGGGGCUCACUGGUACUCCUGGAGUACAGGGGGCAGAGGGAAAGCCAGGGCCACUGGGUGCGCCCGGUGAAGAUGGUCGCCCAGGCCCCGCAGGCUCCAUCGGCAACAGGGGUCCCGCAGGAACAAUGGGAAUACCUGGCCCCAAGGGAUUUAACGGUGAUCCGGGAAAGACAGGGGAACAAGGCUCUGCAGGAGUACCUGGUCAAAGGGGUCCUCCUGGAAAAGAUGGAGAGGUUGGCCCUGCUGGCCCACCUGGCCCAUCCGGUGUUGCUGGUGACAGAGGAGAACAGGGACCUCCAGGUGUAAAUGGAUUCCAGGGUUUACCAGGAAAUCAAGGUCCUCCUGGAGAAUCCGGGAAACCUGGUGACCUCGGAAUUCCUGGAGAGCUCGGUGCCGUUGGUCAAAUUGGACCUCGGGGUGAACGUGGAAUUCCAGGAGAGAGAGGCGAACUGGGUCCAAUUGGUCUGCAGGGACCCAAGGGAAUCCCCGGAGCUCCUGGGCCAGAUGGGCCGAAGGGUAGUCCUGGUCCUCCCGGUGCCCUUGGUGAUGUGGGUCCUCCAGGUCUUCAGGGGAUGCCAGGAGAAAGGGGCAUCUCUGGUCCAUCUGGACCAAAAGGUGACAGGGGAGCCAUUGGCGAGAAAGGAUCAGAAGGUACACCUGGAAAUGACGGCGCAAGGGGUGCACCUGGACCUGUUGGCCCGUUAGGACCCGCGGGGCCCAGUGGUGAAAAGGGAGAACCUGGACCGAAAGGACCCGCUGGACCUCCGGGCUCGAGAGGAGUGCAUGGAGCAAGAGGUGACCCUGGCCCCAUUGGUUCCGUUGGUUUUGCUGGACCGCCUGGUCCUGAUGGCCAACCUGGAGUCAAAGGAGAGACCGGGGAACCUGGCCAGAAAGGAGAUGCCGGAUCCCCUGGACCUCAAGGCUUAGCUGGAGCUCACGGUCCUCCUGGGCCUAUUGGUGUUGCUGGACUAAAAGGCGGAAGAGGGACACAGGGUGCACCGGGGCCCACCGGUUUCCCUGGAUCUGCAGGAAGAGUUGGCCCACCAGGUCCAACUGGUCCAAUUGGUGAACCUGGACCACUAGGGGCCCCUGGAAAGGAGGGUCCUCCCGGUCUUCGUGGUGACCAUGGAGCAAAUGGAAGACAGGGAGAGCGAGGGCCACCAGGACCUCCUGGAAGCCCGGGAGACAAGGGCGAUUCUGGAGAAGACGGCCCAACGGGCCCUGAUGGUCCUCCGGGCCCAGCGGGAACUACAGGCCAGAGAGGUAUUGUGGGGCUUCCAGGUGUGCGAGGUGAACGAGGAAUGCCAGGUCUCCCUGGGCCAGCGGGACCACCAGGAAAACAGGGAUCUCCUGGAUCAACUGGAGACAAAGGGCCCCCAGGACCAGUUGGCGUUCCAGGUGCCAAUGGACCACGUGGCGAUCCCGGUCCUGAUGGCCCUGCUGGCUCUGACGGUCCGCCAGGAAAAGAAGGUGUUCUUGGACAACGGGGAGAUAGAGGGGAUCACGGUCCAGAGGGUUUGGCUGGUCCUCAGGGACUUCCUGGGCCUCCUGGUCCCGUUGGUGUCGCCGGAGAAGCUGGGAAAAGAGGACAUGCUGGCUCCAGAGGACCGGUUGGUCCUCCCGGAUCAGCUGGAAAGAGAGGACUAGUGGGACCCCAAGGACCACGGGGAGACAAGGGUGAUUUGGGUGAUCAUGGAGAGAGAGGGCAGAAGGGUCAUCGUGGAUUUACUGGUUUGCAGGGUCUUCCUGGACCUCCUGGUACAACAGGUGAACAGGGGGCUUCCGGAAUCAUUGGACCAAAUGGUGCACGGGGGCCACCUGGCCCUAUCGGGCCCCCUGGCAAAGAAGGAUACAUUGGACAGCCCGGGCCUAUGGGACCCCCCGGAACACGUGGAAUCUCAGGAGAAAUUGGACCAGAGGGCCCACCAGGAGAACCUGGACCCCCAGGCCUCCCUGGACCACCGGGACCUCCCGUGGCAGCUAUGGACGAUCUGUUUGGAGGCCCUCACGAUUACGAAGAUGCCCCCCCUCCUCCGCCAGAGUUCAGUGAGGACGAGGCUCUACCCAACACCAACUCAUCCACCCUCCCACCGGUGGACCCUGGCGUGCAGGCCACCCUGAAAGCCCUCAGCAGCCAGAUUGAGAGCAUGAAGAGCCCCGACGGCAGCCGCAAGCACCCCGCCAGGACCUGCGAUGACCUCAAGAGAUGCUACCCCGCCAAAAAGAGCGGAGAAUUCUGGGUGGACCCCAACCAAGGCAGUGCCGAGGAUGCCAUCAAAGUGUACUGCAACCUGGACACCGGGGAGACGUGCAUCUCCGCCAACCCGGCCAGCCUACCUCGCAAAAACUGGUGGAGCUCUUCCAAGAACAAACCUGUGUGGUUUGGAGCUGACAUCAACAGAGGAACGCAAUUCACCUACGGCAACAAAGACCAGGCGGCAAACGCGCUGAGAGUGCAGAUGACCUUCAUUCGCCUGCUGUCCAAAGAAGCGUCUCAGACCGUCACCUACCACUGCAAGAACUCGGUGGGUUACAAAGACCAGAAGGCGGGCAACCUGAAGAAGGCCGUCAUCCUCAAAGCCUCCAACGACCUGGAGCUCAAGGCCGAGGGAAACAACCGCUUCAGAUACACCGUGGUGGAAGACUCCUGCGCUCAAGCAAACGGCAACUGGGGCAAGACAGUGUUUGAGUACAGGACACAGAAAACUGCGCGACUUCCCAUUGUGGAUCUCGCCCCCGUGGACAUUGGCGGCCCCAAUCAAGAGUUUGGUAUCGAUAUCGGGCCCGUGUGCUUCUUAUAAAACAAAGAAAGAAAGAAACCCAAAGGUCAGCGGGCAGAUGCACAUCCCGAGACUAUUGAACUGACAGCUGACCGCGAGCAGCCUCCUUGUACAGAGCAGUACUGAGGACUUUUCUGGCCCUGUGGCGAAAUAUUUAUUGUGCCUUUCAACUCACACCCCAGCCAAACAUUUCAAAGUGACACGUCAAAUGUUUGAAAUUGGACUUCAUUCAAAACACGACUCAUUCCAUUUUUUUUUUGUUUGUUUGUUUUGGUUUGUUUUGUUUGUUUCACGAUGUCUGUCUUGACUUUUGGCCUCACUGAGGUCCAACGUUUUUCCUCCACUAAAACGUCAAUGUCUAAAUAAAGAUUUACCAAUUUGAAAUGUUUACCUUGUUUAUCACAACAUAGAUAUAAGAUAUGCAGCGGAGCCGCCUUAAAGGAGUUCCCGGGUUUGCUUUUCCUCAAAAUAGCUCCAGGAUCGAGAAUCACAGCCAACAAACGUUUCACAAGUUAGCCUGUUUUGAGGGGGCGGUCCUGUCUCGUGAAAUACUGCCAAACCGAUGUGGUGAAAAGCUUUCAUUAUCCAGGGGUGGGUUGGGGGUGGGUGGGGGGUGUUCGAACGUGGCAACCGACUUCUACUUCCAGAAGCAGAGCCCAGUAUUAGGGUUGGGGGGUUAGUGACCGCCCGUGGAAAGAAGAGCACUUUCACUCACGGAGGCAGCACUUCAUGUGCCUUGUCGAUUAUGCUCGCAAGUUUCAUGCAUUGCCAAAUGCACAUUUCCCACUCCCUUCAUCGCGCGUCAGAGGCUGAUGCUAACAUGCGCGUCUAUUUUCUUUCCCCCUCCCCCAUUUAUAAAGUAGAUCUUUAAAAUACUCCCGCCGAAACAUUUUCUUGUGAGCUACCUCGUCACCGAGACCGGCAUCCAUCCGUGCAUACAUGAGGCGACGUGUAUCAGGUUCUUUCUUUCACAUGUUGGUGCUGUUUUGUAACGUAGCAUGACGCCAGCUCCUACAAACUCUCACGGCGCAGGCAAUCAAGAAUCGGAGAGAUGAUGAGAAUGAUGUCGAUGUGAGUCGCGUGCGGUGCUUUGUCAUGUUUUCCUUUGUUUGUUUACACCUCAUUCUUUUUGCAAUACUGAAACAGUAAAAGGUAGCACAGAUUAUUCUUUUUUUUUUUUAAUGCAUGUCAGUUCUCCCUUUUCAGUAUCCUGGGUUCAUAUAUUACCUUGCAAUCAUUGUUAUUUUUAUUUUUUAUAGACAGAGGUGGCUGUGAGUGCCUGUUUGCUUUGUAUCUCCUGCUAUGCAACAAAUUAAACAAAACGCUUGUUAAUCCCCCCCCAA